AGCGACCAGUCGGUGAGUAAUCUUUUCUCUGAUAAAAAUUAUUUAAAAACGCUUUUAGACCUUAUUCAUUUCCGUUAUAGUUCUGAAACAUUUGUUGUGAAAUAUUUGAGUGUGUUAUUACCUUGUGUUAAAAGAACUCACACAUUACGUAAAGACAUCUCAAUAUCUCGUCCACUCUGCUAGACUGACUGGUAGGAUGGCUGCCAAUCGAGAGGCUUUAGAGAAUUGUGCAAGGAUGACGUCCACAUCAUUCAAUGUUGGUCUGAACGACAACACGCGGCUGUCCAGCCGGGUGCUUCGCCCCCCUGGUGGCGGACACACUGACAUCUUCGGAGGGGAGCCCGAGCCGCAGCAGAUCACCCGCCGUGGUCCACCGGCCUCAACUAUCGGAUCCACUAUUGGCCAAGAAGAGCCAAGGCCAGCUAACGGCACAGAGGCUCCCAGCCAGAACGGGCAGAAGAGCCCCUCGGAGGCGACGCCCGCGCCCGCGCCUGCGCCGGUGGCGGCGGCCGCGCCGGCGGCGGCGCCCGAGCCCAAGGCGGCGGAGCCCCCGAAGCGCGUGCGCGUGCCGCCCGGCGGCUUCUCGUCAGGCCUGUGGUAAGGCCACACUCGCAAGCUUAGUUUCGUCGCGCUGAAGAUUCCCGGUGGGACCAGUUCCGUUCGUUUACAUUGGACGCUCAUCUGCACAUUUUAAUUAUCGGAUUUUAGGGAUUGACAUUAGUGGUGUUCGAACUUCAGCAUUUUAAUCGGAAAGUCCUACUCUAGAAUAUAAAUUUUGAUAUAUGUCACCGUAAGAUUGUAAAUACCGUUAGUUAUGGUAAGUAAACGAUCGAAAUAUUGUAAACCGCAACAUUGUUUAUAAUUUUACGUAUAGUAAUUCCAUAAAUUGUAAAAAAUGUGGUGCGGGUCACAAUAUUUCGACAGUUAAAAAUCUCGCGAGAUAGAUUAUAAUGUAACGGUGUUUAUAAUCGGCGACAUAUGCAAGUCUCAAGCCAAAUUGUAACCAAAUUGGGCUCAUCCAUGCAGAAAGACAUAAUAGUCCGGUGUAAACGCUUCGUUAGGUUUAUUUAGGGUAUGCUGUGCCUUUGUUUUUUUUCUAAAGUUGCGUUGGUAUAGAUCGUUUCGUUAAACAUGUGAUCGCUGCCUGGUCCCCUGUCGGGCGUCUGAAUGUUUGCUUGAUAAUAAUAUAACGAUGGUUCUUUUACAAUCCUCGCAGAAAGGAAAUCUUUAAUAUUUACUGAACAGGAACACUUUUCAAUACUAGUAUUAUUUACCUAUAUAGUUAGGAAAUUAUUUUUCGUAUAUUUUAGUGUUACAAUACAUAUACCCAGCUUCCGUGUCAAAACUAAGCGAUUGCUCGCCAAACUCUCCAUUAGGAAUCGAAAGGUCACAAUUUGGUUAAGAUUUCCUUCAAGGCCAAAGUAAUUUAACACUUUGAACUAUUUAAAUUUUUUAUUCAAACUUCGACUCGAUGUCUAGCUGUUUAGAGAUUAUUAUCGUGUAAGGCUUGAAAUUGAUAUGUAUCGAUUGUACGUUAGCGUUUCGAUGAUUUUGAUACUUUUUAUAACAGACUGAUCUGUGCCUAUUUCGUGUUGAUGUUGUACUUAAAAUUUGUCUCAAUUUAGCAUUUCAUGUUUUGCAAUUAUUGUGGUUUUUAUUACAAAAUAACUACGGUAUGCCUUCGCUGGCAAAUGCGAUUAUGUAUAAUAUUGAUAAUGAUAAUUGUAUUUUUAUAUGAAUUACAAAAUGUGAAAAACACA